GCGACCUGAUCAAGCUUCUCUAGCGACUCGCUGACUCACGAGUCACCAGGUUACGUCACGCUCGGGCUCCGAUGGCGGCGGCUCCGGCGGCCGCUACUACUCGCGCCCCCGCCUCUUCCUCCUCGUCCUUCUCAGCGACCCGCGUCUUCGUCUGCUGCUCCCGGCUUGGCCCUCCCAACCUUCGCGCAGCCAUCGCGGCGCCCCCGGGGUGGCGGCUCAGGAAGCCGUUCCCGGUGGUCUCCGUCGCGGCGAGCCCCGCGCGGUCGCCGCUAGGAUCUGUCUCCGUAGACCCCAUGGUUGACACAUUACUAGACAGUGUGAAGUGGGACAGCAAAGGGUUGGCUGUUGCUAUUGCGCAAAAUGUGGAUACUGGAGCCAUUCUUAUGCAGGGUUUUGCUAACAGAGAAGCCCUUGCAAAAACUAUAUCAACCAGGAAAGCUACAUUCUUUAGCCGCUCACGGUCUUCCUUGUGGACGAAAGGAGAGACGUCCAUGAACUUCAUCAAUGUGCAUGACAUUUUCCUGGACUGUGACUGUGAUUCUAUAAUAUACCUAGGAAAGCCAGAUGGACCUACCUGCCAUACAGGAGCAGAAACAUGCUAUUAUACUUCAGUUUAUGAUGCUCUACAAGGUUCGAAGCCCAAUCAAGAUAGGCAGGUUACCACAACUCUAUACUCGCUUGAAGAUACAAUUAGUAGACGGCAGGAGGAGACAGUUACUGAAGGAAGUGGCAAGCCAUCAUGGACGAAAAAACUACUGCUUGAUAACCAGCUGCUUUGCUCAAAAAUACACGAAGAAGCUGGUGAACUAAUUCAAACGCUGCUCGAGAACGAGGACAAAUCCCGUACAGCUUCAGAGAUGGCCGAUCUGCUGUACCACGCAAUGGUGCUGCUUAGAGUCAAGGAUGUGAAGAUGGAAGAAGUCCUUGAGGUCCUCAGGAAGAGGUUUCCUCAGUCUGGUAUUGAGGAGAAGGCCGGCCGCAACAAAUCUUAGCAAUGCCUAAGAUACAGGCUGUAGUAUACUAGCAUUGGCGCCGAGUGUGCACUAUGGAAGAGUUUUGUCUUCAGUUGCGGCUAUGUUUUUCUGCCCCUUUCUCUAACAAAACGACUAUGGAUUUGUGUGGUGAUCUUGAUGACGGCAGAAAUUGCAAUUUGGACUGCUGUAUUUUCCUAUCGCCAAUAAAGUUAGCUCGUGCAGACA